UCUGUUCAUUGUGGCCAACUAAAUUCAAACAUUCUCAGACUAGAUAUGCAAAAUCAGUUUUGGGGACAGCGCAGCUUCUGUCUGGUGACUGGGGCCAGCCAAGGCAUCGGUCAAAGCUUCGCUGUUGAAUUCGCUCACAGAUUCGCAGCAGGUUCUCACAUAGUGCUGUUGGCGCGGUCACAAGAUGGGCUGAAUCAGACCAAGGAACUCAUACAGGCCAGCAAUCCCAACGUGACAGUUCAGGUGACAGACUUGUUGGUUUUCCAUUACCAAUUGCUCCUUCUUCAUCAUCCUGUAUGAAAUUUGAAUUCAUCUCAUCCCAUGUACAAGGUG